GGAGGAUGUGUCUCUUUGUAAACAAAUUCUUCUAAAAGCUUCUAUUUUACACAUGACUGAGCAUAGUUUUCAACUGAGGUUAAAGUUGUUGUGUAUGUAUAAAUGCAAUAAGCUCACACAUACUGUCCGGGGACUAUUUGUUGCUCUCACAACACGUGGACUUAUUCGGAGUGAAGUACCUGGGUAACAUUUUACUGCUUGCGGAGGUGCUGAAGCUUAGAAGUUCGUAACUAACAAAAAUUAUGGACUACCUGCCAGACAACAACUCCAGAUACAAAGAAGUCUCCUACUGGGAUGAGCGAUACAAGACAGAGCAGUGCUAUGACUGGUUGGGAAGCUUUUCCAAAAUCCAACACCUCCUGGAAAAAUUAAUCAAGAAAGAAGAUUCUAUACUGAUACUGGGUUGUGGAAACAGCAGCAUGAGUGGUGACAUGUACAGCGCCGGCUACCACGCCAUCACCAACAUAGAUUACUCCUCAGUGUGCAUCAGUACUAUGAGUGCCAGGUACAGCGGCUGUCCCGGUAUGACCUGGCAGCAGAUGGAUGUUCGCCAGCUCUCUUUCUCUGACGCAUCCUUUGAUGUUAUCCUAGAGAAGGCCACGUUGGAUGCGAUAAUGGUGGAUGAGAAAACACCAUGGGAGGUAUCCCCUGAAACUGCUUGUUUCAUUCACCAAGCGCUCACAGAGAUUAGUCGCUGCUUGAAACCCGGAGGCCGGUUUGUCUCCAUCACCUUUGCCCAGCCCUUCUUCCGGAAGCGCCUCUACGCUCGAGCCCAGUACAACUGGUCAAUCAAACAUCAGAGUUAUGGAGAAGGCUUUGAAUAUUUUGUCUAUGUAAUGACCAAAGGAGAGGAGCUCAGCCCAGAAGAUGCAGCUCUGGAACAAAAGCUACUUGAAGACAGCAAAUCUCCAUCUGCCCGUAUGACCACAGCACAAAAUGAAGACAAGGAGGAUUUCCUGUCUAAUAUCGAUUUAUAAGAUAACUGGAAUAUCUUCACUAUGUAAUCUCAGGAACACAUUCUCUGUAAGGUUGCCUUCAUAAGCCCACCAUAAUGUGUGAUGGUGAGUUGAGGAAAUCAAACCUCUCAGCCUUGUGAUAUUCAGCAGAAAAUUCUUGUCCCAACUUUUAACUGGUACAGAUUUUUGUGGAUAUUUUUUUAAAACUGCUUUUAGAUUUUAUACAGCAAUAGGCAUAUAAACUGAAACCCUUUUGUAAUCUUAUGAUUUUAUCUUAUAGCAGUACUAAAUAUAUAUCAGGAAAUAUUUUCUAGACAUUCCUGGGAAAGUUUAAAGAUUUUUCUUUUACUAAAUAAAUGAUUCAGACCUGUUUCAGAUGCUUUGCAGGAAAGAAGAAACUGGAGCGCAAACCAGAACAAGGACAGAGUAUCUGAGUAUUUACAGUUUUUACAGUACAAAAGACAAAAGAUUACAGUAAAAACCUAUUUGGAAAAGUUUGUUUUAAAUUUAAUUGGGUAAUUCAUACAUCUUAACAAAUCAUAUAUUUCCCCAUCAUGAGAUUCAGGAUGGAAGAUUUAAUCUGGAGAACAUUUGAUAGGAUCUGCUGGUUUCCUUAGCAAUAUUUAUGAAUUGGUAUAAUAUGAACACAAUUGUAAGGAGUUCUACUAAUUUGAUUUAUAAUUAAUUUGAUUUAGAAUAGAAUAGAAAUACUUUAAUCCCUUCAGAGAGCCUUUUUAAUUUAAUAGGUUUUUUAAAGUGAUGUGGAUUGAAUUUGGUAAUAAAUUUACUUACGUAUAUCUUAAAGUUGCACUACUGAAAUUUGGCAGGUUUUUACACUGUGGCGUCCCCUAAGGAAGAUUAAUUUGUCAUCCAUCUUGCAUCCUGUCUCUUCCCUGAGCUCUCUCCAGCCAGUAAAAGUCAGUCUUAUGUAAACUUUUGUCUUAUCCUAUGCUCUAUCUCUUUCUCUCUUUUCCUCACUUCCUCCAAUAAUGUCCACUUGUGUUUCUUUGCUCAAAAGCCAUGCUUCAUGUUCUAAACAGCCAGUGUGUUGAUAUCCAGUUGCUGGUGAGUGAGGAAGUUCUGUAAAGUGAAAUGCAGAUGAAGCCGUGAACUGUGGUUUCUCAGCCUCAGGAUGCUGCAGGGCAAUUAUGGCUCCAGGAAUGUAGAUAAUAAAUGCCAGAGUACCAUCAAAACCAGUCAGAAGCAUAGUUUUAAGGUUGGAGAGUUUUGGAGUUUUACUUUAAAAGUGCCUUGAGAUGACCUUUGUUGUGACUUGGUGCUUCAUAAAUAAACAGAGAAAAAGGAAUUUAUAUGUAAAGUCCCAGAAUUCUGAAUUUUCCAAAGAAAUGCACACAUAAAAGUGAAUCUUCUGUUCAAAA